AUGCCUUCAGCCAUCGUAAUCAAGAAAAUCGAGGGCAAGCCAGGGAAGGUCUACUACCCGCUCGAAAAGAUCACAAUUCCCGAGCCAAAACCAAAACAGGAUGAAGCCGUCAUCUCCCUCACAGCCGCCGCACUGAACCACCGCGACCUCUUCAUCCGCCAACACUUGUACCCCGGUACAACAUUCGGUGUCCCCCUCCUCGCCGACGGCGUUGGCAUUGUCACCGCUGGCUCUUCACAAUGGCUCAACAAGCGCGUCAUACUGAACCCGGGCACAGGCUGGCAAGAGGAUCUCGAGGGUCCUGAGGACCCCAAGGGCUACGCAAUCAUGGGCGGCACCAAGACGAAUCCCGCGGGAACGCUGGCGGAUGUCGUCACCCUGCAUGAGCGUGAGCUGGAGCUUUGCCCCGAGCAUCUGAGUGACGAGGAGGCUGCUGCGUUGCCUCUGACGGGAUUGACUGCAUGGCGCGCGUUCCACGUCAAGUCUGGGAAUGCGGUUGCCGGCAGGAAUAUCUUGGUCACGGGUAUUGGCGGUGGAGUAGCACUCAUGGUGUUGCUGUUUGGCGUUGCGCAGGGCUGCAAUGUCUAUGUGACGAGUGGUGAUCAGGCGAAGAUUGAUAAGGCGGUCAAGUUGGGCGCGAAGGGUGGCGUGAUCUAUAAGGAGAAAGAUUGGGAGAAGAAGCUGCAGGGCAUGCUGCCAAAGGACCGGAAGUAUCUGGAUGCGAUUGUUGACGGCGCGGGUGGUGAUAUCGUCAACAAGGGAUCGAGGUUGCUCAAGGCUGGUGGCGUCAUAUCCAUCUAUGGCAUGACCGUUGGACCCAAGAUGGACUUCCUCAUGAGCGCCGUCCUGCGCAAUAUCGAAGUCCGCGGCUCGACCAUGGGCUCGCGAAAAGAAUUUGCAGACAUGGUCAAGUUCGUACGAGACAAGAAACUGAAGCCAGUUGUUUCUCGUAGCGUACACGGCCUCGACGUACAGAAGAUCGACACACUCUUCGAUGACAUGAAGAAUGCGAGUCAGUUCGGCAAACUCGUUGUCACGCUGGAUGGCGCAAAGGCAUCGAGUAAACUAUGAUGUAGCGUGCGUGAAAAUCUAAACAUGCAGCGAUCUUGUCGUUAA